AUGGGUUCUAUCAAAGUCAAUCCAAGAAGUAAAAACAUCAAACCAACAACCAUUGAAUUGGUUAAACCAGAUUAUAAUGCCCUGGUACAACAAUUAUCUACUCAUUCAAAAUUAAACAAGAAUAGAUUAAGAAUUACAUCAAUUAAUGGUAAAUUAAUUAAUAAAAAUGAAGAGUUAUUGGAUCAAACCGAGGUUUAUGUUAAAGAUAUUGGUCCACAAAUUGGUUGGAGAACUGUUUAUUUAAUUGAAUAUUUUGGUCCAAUUUUGGUUCAUUAUUUUAUUUAUAAUUAUUUAGCUCAAAACCCAAUCUCAUAUAAAUUAAUUUAUCAAAUGAAUUUAAUUCAUUAUGGUAAAAGAGAAAUUGAAAAUGUCUUAGUUCAUAAAUUUUCAAAUUCAACAAUGCCAUUAUUUAAUUUAUUUAAAAAUUCAUUCCAUUAUUGGGUUCUUGGUGGUUCAUUAUCAUUAAUGUAUUUAGAUUUAGGUAAUUUAUCAAUUCCUCAAUUAGAAAAAUACUUAAAUCCAGAUUAUAUUUUUUAUAUUUGGGUUGGAGCUGAAUUUUUCAAUGCAGUUACACAUAUUCAAUUAAGAUUAUUAGGUGAUAAAACAGUUAGAAAAGGAUUACCAAGAACUCCACCAUCUGGAGGAUUUUUUGAAAUUUUCAUUAGUCCAAAUUAUACAAUGGAAAUUUAUGGAUGGAUUUGUGUCUUCUUAUUAAAUCCAAAUAUCUUUACAUUGAUUUUCUUAGCUGUUGGAGCUACACAAAUGUAUUUUUGGAGUAUUAAGAAACAACAAAAAUAUGGAACAAAGAAAUCUUUUUUAAUUCCAUUUAUUUUCUAA